GCUGUCUGUGUUGUUCUCCUUUAAUCCACAGGUUUGAGAUCCACCACCCUUGCCAUCUCUCUUGCUUAGUGCGUCGUCGACUGCAAUACCAGGAGAGAAGAACAGGUUGAAGCCCUUUUACACGUCGACUCAAAACCGAGCAACUGGGAAAUGAGGCUGGUGGAUUCAUUCGGAAGGUUGCACUAGAAAGUUUCGCGAAAAGAGGGAAGUGCAUGUUGAUCAAGGCAUAAAGUAGUGGCUUCGGGUAUUUUGCAGUCACUGUGGGAAAAGUUCACAAACAGGGGAAACCACACGAAAGGGGGAUGCAUUGGGAGUUUGGAAGAAAGGGGUUUAAGGGGACCAACUGGGGCUAAGGACGCGGGAGCCAACCACGCGAUUCGUGUUCAACUUGGUCUUCACACUUGGGUCCCGGAUAUCCUUGCAUGAUACGAAACACAUACAGCAGGGUGGGGCAAGGCGCAUGAUGGCAGGAGACGACCAGGUAUUAAUGGGUUUCCAGUCCAUGAUGGCUCUCGGUCAUCAACAUCAGCAGCGGCUCCAGAGAUCGAAGUUAGUUGUAGUUCUGAUGGUAUUAAUAAUGGCAUCGGUGGUGGGCUCUGCAGAGGGAGGAACUUGGCGAGGGUCUGAUGGAGGGGGUAUCGCUCGUCAAUAUCAUGAAAAAACCACCACAAAUGCAAUCCGCAGUGAGAAAAGACAAGUCUCCCAAGAAAUUCAAAACCAAUCUGUGAUGGAUGGGCGGGGGGAUAACGAUGUGUGGGACUUUCCCAGGAUCCUUCACGAAGCACAAAGUGGUGCUGAAGUGGUGCUUCCAGGUUCCCUACAUGAGGUUCGUCUAAUGCAGCGCCCUGUGGAGCCUAAGGAGUCCAAGAUACCGAAGCCUGAGCUCCAAAAUAACAAGGUUGCAAGUGCAAGUGAAGAGUCCCCGCCUGUAGAAGUGCCUCCAGAAGCGUCUAGUAAGCCUCCUCAGGACGGGAAGCCUGUAGAAGAGCCCCCUCAAGAGUCUCAGCCUGUAGAAGAGCCUCAGCCUGUAGAAGAGCCUCCUAAAGAGUCUCAGCCUGUAGACGAGCCUCCUCAAGAGUCUCAGCCUGUAGAAGAGUCCCCACAAGAGUCUCAGUCUGCAGAAUCGCAGCCCGCAGUGGAGUCUCUGCCAUUGGACUCUCUGCCGUCAGAAUCUCUGCCCGCAGUGGAGUCUCUGCCAUCAUUAUCUCAGCCAGCAGAGGAGUCUCUGCCACAAGAACCCGAGGACUCAGAUGAUAAUGGGGGGUCUUCAGACCAGCACAAGCCUCCUAGGCCCAGGCCUCCAAAGUCCAAGCCUCCCACGAACAGGCCUCCCAAAUCUGAGCCUCCCAAAUCCGAGCCUUCCACCCCUGAACCUCCUGUCAUUGAGUCUAAUCCUCCUGAGUCCAAGCCCCACACUCCCAAGCCUCCCAUGUCUGAGCCACCGAACUCCAAGCCACCGAAGUCAGAGCCACCCACAUCUGGCACUCCUGCGUCAAAGCCUCCCAAAUCGGAGCCUCCCAAAUCGGAGCCUCCCAAAUCGGAGCCCCCCGCACCCAAGCCUCCUGCGUCCAAACCGCCAAAGUCUCAGCCGCCAAAGUCUCAGCCGCCAAAGUCACAGCCAUCAGAAAGCAAGCCUCCAACCCCCCCCAGCCCUGGGAAACCACCUUCUCCAAGUCCCACCAACUCAUCCUUGGUCAUUACCUCCGGCUGCACAGCUCCGGAUCUUGAAGUGCCAGUCACAGAGGACUGUACCACAGUGGAGGGCAAAAAAGUAGUUGCAUAUCUCAAUGAGCUGCGAGUGGCCGACGGUCUCCCUCCCUUCCAGACCUCGGUCCUUCUCCAGUCUGCUGUACGUAUCGAGCUUCUCGUACUCGUUGGUUGUGAUGUCUGCGACAACAGAGCUUCCACUUGCAUCGCGAGAUGCAAUUCAAAAGUAACAAAACAACGCCCUGUUUGUCGUGACACUUGUGCCCACGAGUAUGAGCUGUGCAGGCAAACUGAGUGUUCCCCGCUUCCAUUUUUGGAUUGCUGCACUUGCUCUACUCCUGGACCAACACAACCCGCAGUUGGGCGGCAGGGCGUAGCACCAUCUGACCGUCGUUUCUGUUCUCGUGUUGAGGCCAGGCUGCCCUCAUCUAGUGUCAGAAACACUGGAAAUGUGUUUAGCCGCAACAGGACUGUGUUCGAAAGGAGAAACCGCUGUGCGGCCUGUGCGACUGCUAGUAACCGCAGCCCCAUAGCUGGCCGAAGUUUCAUUACGCUCUGCAGAUUUUGCCGAAGAUGUUAAAAAAGCCCACUGCACCUCCACAAUAAGUUGUUCUGCUUCUUGAAGUUCACUCAUUUAUGCAGAAGUCAUCACAUCUCAUUUUCCAUCGGUGACAGAGAAGCCGGUGUGCUCCACUUACUAACAAUCCCGCAAAAGUCAUUGCAUACGCAUCCGCUUUCAUUUGCAUGGAUCAUGUACAGCAGUGCAUGUUCCUUCAUGCCGUCUGAAUUCCUGGAGCAAUAUCCACAUCCGUUUUCCUGCCAUAAGCUGCAUGGGACGUAAAUCUACUCGAUUGGACUCAAAGUGGUGAGGGAUCAUGUCACUCUUUCGCAAGCACUCCGCAAUCCUCAGCAGAAAGA